AUGAGACGACAUGGCACGGACAUUAAAAUGUUUUGGGCACCUGUCUUGGUAAUCUCAUUGAUGGUGGCACCGGCCAGCACGUGGGGCUUCUACCUCCUCCCAGUCUCCUCCUUGCUCAACGGGCGGUUGACUUCCAGACCGCCGUCCACCGCCCUGGCAUCCCAGCAGCCACCUCCAUCGGGCCGAGAUAGCGGAGAGUACAUACCACAGUCCUACGGGUUGGAAGAGGAGGCGGAAGAUCCCUACCUCGUGUCCCUCAAGCGUGGCGAGCCUCCUCGUCGGGAGGCUGGCGUUGGUUCCACGAGUGCAUCGCCCGUGGGACCUUCGCACGCUAGCCAGACACGGACGCCUGAGGAGAUCAAGGCCUUGAAUGAGGCGGCCAAGGCACGCAUGGAAGCCUACGCGCGGGGCGAGAAACCGCCCGGAUUUGGAGCAUCCCCGCCUGUCCCUUCUGGUUUCACCCCCUCCACCCCCAAUACCCCGGAGGGUUUUAACCCCAACAAAUUCAUGGAUUUCUACCGGGAGCACGAGGCCAAGCUGGCGGCUGAAAACGCCGCAAAGGCCGCCGAGACCCCGGCGCAAGCUGCAGUCCCUCGACCUCAAGGAGCCCCUAUCAUGCCGGGCGUGCCCGAGCCUUACCAACCUCCGCCCCAAUACCAACAGCAACCGUCCCCCGCCCAACUCCAGGCACAAGAAGAGCAAGCAAAGGGCUCUCCCCAAAGCUACGAGUCUCACGGAGGUUCCCGGUUCAAGGGGGUUUUUGACGCGGCCGCCGCCGCCGGAUCCACGAAUCCGGCCAAGGAGAGGUUGAAGCAGUACCUGCUCUCCCGCUACGCCCCCGACGAUAUGUCCGAGCAGGCCGUAAAUUACCGACGGCUCAUCCAAUUCGCGGACACGGGCGGCGGGUACUCGGGCUCGUCGACGGAGGACUCGGACGAGGCCUACCUGGCCCAGCUCAAAGCGGACGCUCGGGAGAAGAUCCGCAACAACCCCUGGCAGACG